AUGGGUUCCAGCUCUGAAAGCUCGACGCGUCAGCGGUUUAUCAUUGGCUGGUGCGAUGGGAAUGAACCCGUGACCCGGGUCUUGGGCAUGAGCUGGCCUCCGCUCUGGGCGGAGAUGAUGCGCCAGGAGCCGCCCGAGUUUCGUCAGCUCUCUCGUCUGGGUGCCAAGCCCGGCAUGGAGCAGCAGGCCCGGGUUCGCCGUGGCACGUUCGCCGUGGGGUUGGCUUCGGUGGGACGUACCAAAGGUCAUGCUCUGGGCGAAAGCGUCACUGCGCUCGGCUUGAAGUUUUGGCUUACGUUCGACGGGCGAACGAACAUGACGGCGCUUCAGAUGGUGCGCUCGCGGAGAUGGGUCCUGGGAGCCUUGGCGCUGCUGGGCCUUGAAGCGCACUGCCGCGCGGUGCGCAGCGACGCCUUUGUGAAUUCUGGCUCGCUGGAGGGGGUGACGAUUUAUUUGUCGCAGCUGGCGCUCGCGCUAUGCCCCGGGCUGGCCGUGGCCGGGGGCGGCUUCGCGCUCUACAAGCGCCGGGAGUGUCGGCCCAAGCCCAUGUGGUACAUCACUGCGGCCAUCUUCGUGAUGCUGGCGCUCUGCCUGCCCUUGGUCUUACCUGAGGCCCCCAAGGCGCAGGCGCCCGCGGAGCCGCGGCACAGCGGGGAGCUGACUUUGCAGAGGGGCCAGAUCGUUCUCGUCUCAGACCCACGGGGCGGGCGGGAAAAGGAGGGCUGGCAGCAGGCCCUCUGGACCAGCAUGGCGGAGGCCCUCCAGAAGGGAGAGGAGCAGGUGGUCAUGGUGUUCACCCGGCCCGCCUGCCCCUGGUGCGAGAAGCUCCACCCGGUGCUCGAGGGGGCGAUCAAGCGGCGCCAGGAGGCCAUGGGCUCCGUGCCGGAAGACGCCCCCCCGCUGCUGAAAGCGCCCCUCCGGGUCUUCGUCUUCGACGCCUCGGAGUUCUCGCCCAUCAUGCGCCGCUUCGGGGUGGAAGGCUUCCCCACCCUCUUCUUCUUCGGGCCACCCGGAUCCAGGCCCACCACGGUGCCGGGGUAUUUGGGCGACGAGGACUUUGACAAGGUCUUGAUGGCGGCAGCCAGCGCGGAAGUGGAGCCUCCCCCCGAGGAACGCAGGAAGCGCAGAGGUCUCUUCAGGUAGACCGGUCCUUUUUGAGCGCUCAAACGUCCCAGCGUCCCUAACUGGCCGUUUCACUCGAGGUUUCUACGGGUGCAAAUUUCGCCACCGAGUUGAACUAUACGCGUUGGGUUUUGGGCGCUGACCGGUCCGUUGGAGAUCUUCUGCCACCAUUUUGGAAUCGUGGCAGGGCUUGAGCCGCAGCGGAAACCCGGGGUGCUUUAAGUCCAAAAGGAUCCGCUCGGU